AUGUUGAAUUUAUUUAAAACUCUAUUUGUUAAGCGUAUUCUACUAAAUGAAUGUUCAUUUCUUUAUAACACUAGUAAAACACUCUCAACAGUGACGGAUAAUAAAACUAAUGAUAAUGAUACUACUAGUACACCAUCAGCAAUAGUUGAUGUGUCACAGUCACUAAUUACACAAAAACCUGGUUGGGCUACAUCUGAUACAAAUCCGUUAAUUCGACAAUUAGCUGCAAGAAUUAAAGCAGGAGGUCCAAUUACUGUGGCCGAUUUUAUGAAAGAAUCCCUUUUAAAUCCAGUUCAUGGCUAUUAUACGACUCAAGAAGUUUUCGGAAAGCAGGGUGAUUUUACAACAGCACCAGAGAUAUCACAAAUAUUUGGAGAGCUUAUAGGAGCAUGGAUUGUUAACGAGGCUGAACAAUUUUCACAAAAAUUCUUUCACAUUGUUGAAUUGGGACCUGGACGUGGGACACUGAUGAAGGACAUACUAAGGGUAGUCCGUAAAAAUAUGUUUUCCGGUCUUCAUUUUACCGUAUUUUUCCUUGAAGCGAGUCCAUUGAUGAAACGAAAACAAGCGCAAAAUCUAUUAGGUAUCGAUAUAGAACCAGCAUUAAAUAAUGAAUACAAAACAAAAGAUGGUGUUAGAAUACACUGGAUUGAUGAUUUAAUUAAAUCCACCUACAAUGAUUUACCAGUGAUUAUAAUUGCCAAUGAAUUUUUAGAUGCAUUUCCAGUAUACAAAUUUCAACGUACACCUAAAGGUUGGAAAGAAAUUUUAGUUGAUUAUAAUGAGAAAACAAAACAAUUGCAAUAUGUUAUGUCAAUGAGACCAACUAUAAUGUCGCGAUUACAUGAAGGAGUAAGUCCACAGCGACAAAUAAUGAUGGAACAAAUCACCAAAAAAGUACUACUUCAAGGUGGUUUAGCAUUAAUUGGUGAUUAUGGACAUUGGGGUGAAAAAGAAGAUACAUUUCGUGGUUUUCGUCGUCAUGAAGUCGUUGAACCACUUUCAGAUCCAGGAAAUAUUGAUGUAACAGCUGAUGUCGAUUUUGAAGAAUUAGUCAGUCGUGUACUAGGAAAACACAAUAUCGAGUUUUUUGGACCACUUUGUCAACGUGAUUUUUUAUAUAAUCUUGGAAUUGAUGUGCGAGCAACAGCGUUGGCAAAAAACAAAACGCCUGAAGAACAGGAUGAUAUUUUAGGAGCUGUUGAAAAGCUUGUUAGUCCAGAAUAUAUGGGCGAACGUUUCAAAUAUUUAUGCGCAAAAGCGAUGCGGUCUCAAAGACCACCAGCUGGUUUUUCCUAUUCCAAUUGCUUAUUUCAGAUGCCUGGACAUUUUGUUAAUGAAAUAUCAAAUUGUGUUGAUGAAUCACUAAUCGGUUAUGUUCGUGCUCAUAGUCAUUUGGAAUUGGUUGGCAGAGCUGUCAUUGCACGUUGUCAAACACCGAAAAUAGCCGUAAUUAGUGGUGGAGGAAGUGGUCAUGAACCGGCGAUGGUUGGAUAUGUUGGUCGUGGUAUGUUGACAGCGACUGUUUGUGGAUCUAUAUUUGCAAGUCCACCAUCCUCUGAUAUAUUUCGUACAAUUGUCGAGUUGAGACGUCGUGGUGCGGAAUCAAUUUUGUUAAUUAUAUUAAAUUAUACGGGUGAUCGGCUCAAUUUUGGAUUAGCAAUGGAACGAGCUCGAGAAUUAAAUAUCGAUAUCGAUAUGUUGGUUGUAGCUGAUGACGCAGCCGUUGAUCACGCUAUCGGUCCACGUGGUUUAUGCGGAACACUACUUGUCAUCAAGGUAGCUGGCGCAUUAGCUGAAAAAGGAGCAUCGAUGUCUGAAAUUGUUGAUUUUUGUCAAAGAGUCCGUGGACAGUUACGUACAAUCGGCCUAUCUGCCUCCGGUAUUCGUGCACCUGGACAAUCACAAGCAUUUGAGUUAGCCGAUGAUGAAAUGGAACUAGGACUUGGUAUUCAUGGCGAAUCGGGUGUUCAAAAACUCAAGUUAUUGCCGUCAAGACAAGCUGUUGAUAUCGCAUUUGGUCAACUGAUACGAGGAACACGUUCACUUGAUGUGGAACGCGAUGAUAAUGUUUUCUUAUUAGUUAAUAAUUUGGGUGGAUGUUCAAAUUUGGAAUUGGGUAUUAUUUUGAAGGAUGCUAUUGAAAACUUAGAACAUCGCGGUUUACAUGUGAAACGAGUGCUAUGUGGUGAAAUGAUGUCAUCAUUCAAUAUGAAAGGAUUUUCACUGACUAUAUUAAAACUUGCCGAUGAUAUAAUGCCGUCCGUAUUUGAAUUGCUCGAUUUUCCAACAGAUGCCUACGCUUGGCCAAAAACAGUUAGUGAUGAGGACGAAUCGCAAUUGACAUUAGAUCAGUCUCAAGCUGAAUUGGUAAAUCAAGCAUUACAAGGGGUUGUCAAACGGCUACAUAACGAAGAAGAUACAUUGAAUAAAAUGGAUGCUGUUAGUGGUGAUGGUGACACUGGUACAGCAUUUUCAAGAGCGGCCGAUGCCAUUAAUUGUGAUCUCGCCAAUAAUAAAUUGGUGGUUUCUCGACCAUCAUCAUUCUUUCGUCGACUUGGUCUUAUAGCUGAAGCGAAAAUGGGCGGAACAUCUGGUGCUAUUUGUGGACUUUUCUUUGCUGCUGCUUCUAAAUAUAUUUCAGCUGCGGGUCAUCAAGGAAAAACAAUUGAAAUUAUUGCCGAUGCGUUCGAAAGUGGAAUUCAGUCUGUUGAAAGUUACGCAAGAGUUCAACCAGGAGAUAAAUCACUGUUAGAUGCUCUUAUGCCAGCCAUUGAUUUUAUCAAAUCAAAAUCUACUCAAGAUGUAUUUACAGCACAAGAUUGGAAGGAUUUAGCUUUGACGGCCGAGAAAGCUGCAGAUGAUACAAAAACAUUAAUUGCUAAAGUAGGACGAGCGGCCUACGCAAAAGGUGGCGUCGAUGUUAAUGUGGCAGAUCCGGGAGCUGCAGCUGUUGCACUUAUCAUACAAGCAGUUAGUGAUACUUAUGUUAAAGCAAUAUGA